AUGCCCAAAUUAACCAAAAGCGAGAAACAAAAUUUAAUUUUGACUCAUCUCCGCGCCACUGGAACCUGUCAUACGCUCAAAGAUCUCGAGAAGACGCUACCCUCGGUUGCAUCCAUCAAUGGCAUCCAGGUCAAGGAAUACAUCCAAGCUUUGACCGAUGAGGGUCAACUACGAGUUGAGAAGAUCGGCAGUGGAAACUGGUACUGGAGUUUCAUCAGCGACGAAAAGCAUGCACAAGAGCGCCAAUUAGGCCGAAUGACCAUGGAAGUGGAGAAAGUCCGAAAAUCUCACACCGACGCAGAAGCGGCUUUGGCCGCUGAGAUCAUGCGUCGAGCGGAGGAGACGGAUGAGGCGCAUGAAAGGGGUUCCCUCAUGGCCAAAAAAGCCGAACUCCAAAUGGAAAUUGAUCGGGUACGGACUACAGAGGCCCAACUCCCCGGACCCCUCAAUUCGCUGAAGGGUGUCAAGCAGGUCCAGGAGGAGUUAGCGGGGUUCCGACAGCAAGCACUGCAGUGGACAGAUAAUAUUUACAUCCUGGAGGAGUAUUUACGCAAAUUGGCAAGUGGGGAUCGACAAAUCAUCGAGGGUGUCUUACGAGAAUGUUAUGGAGAUGAGUACGUGGACGAAGAGGGUCUUUGUGAACUAUAG